AUGCUGCUCGGCUCGCAGGCCAGCACGGCGAGGCUCGUGUCGGACACCUACCUGGAGAAACUCCUGGAAGGGCUCAGCAGCCUUCGCUUGCAGAGCACGCUGUGCGACGUGACGCUGGAGGCAGAAGGGGUUUGCUUUCCAGCCCACAAGAUCAUUUUAGCAUCAGCAAGUAACUACUGCAAGAUCCUGUUUAUUGGAAACGUGACAAGAGCGGGGAGCCCGGAUGGUAACGUCCGGCUGAAAGCCGUCACCGCUGCCGGGCUGAGGAACGUUCUCAACUUCAUUUACUCCAACAAACUAGACCUCUCAUUACAGAAUAUCGAGGAGACCUUCAAAGCCGCAGAAACCCUCCUGGUUCGGGAGGUGAUCAAGCUGUGCUUUCGCUUUCUGGAGGGCUGCCUGAACUGUGAGAACUGCAUGGAUGUUCUUACCAUUGCUCAAAAACUCGGCCCAGCAGAGUUGAGACAGAAAGCCAUGUGCUAUGCAGGGCAGCACUGCAAGCAGAUCCUGGCUGAUCCUUGGUGCUUGAAAGACCUGGAUCGAGGAACCCUUUGUGAAAUUUUAGACAGGACCAACAUUGAGGGAUGCAGCGAGCUGGAGCUGUUCAGAGCUACUGUGAGCUGGCUGCAGCACGACCGUGUGCGGCUGAAAGAUGCGGCAGAUAUUUUAAGGCGCAUAAGAUUCCCUCUCAUUCCUUUGCAGGAUCUGCAGAGAUGUGUCCAAGAAAUGCCUCUUAUGAGGCUGGACUCGCGCUGCCACAGGUACCUGCAGGAGGCUCUGAAUUACCACUCCCAGCCGUACGCUCAGCCAGUCCUGCAGACCCAGAGCACGAGCCUCCGCUCCGGGUCCACGGUGCUGCUUGUUGCUGGUGGCAGAACCACUGACAACUGUGUGUGCAGAGAGAUGUGGGCUGCAGAGCCGAGCUGUGGCGCCUGGCACAAGGUUGGGGACCUCUGCGUGCCGGUGUACAACCACUGUGUCGCCGUCAUCAAUGACUUCCUCUUUGUCAUCGGGGGACAGAGCAAAUUUGAUCCCACGGGAAAGCAGCCAUCAAAUGAG